AUGAGAAAUUACGCUGAUAAGAAGUCAGAGUUCGUCGUCAAGCCAGAGAUCGGCCAGGAAUUUGAUUCUUUGGCCGAAGCUUACGACUUCUACAACCUAUACUCGUGGGAGAUUGGUUUUGGCAUCAAGUAUGGGCAAUGCAGAAGAAACGUUGAAAAGUGCAAGACGGUCCAGGACAUAGUUUGCGGAUGCGCGAGGAUGAAUCAGCAGCAGGGCGAUGAUGACAUCAGAAAGACGAUACAACUCUUCUCUGAAUUGAAAGAGAAGGAUCCAAACUUUGUCGACAGUGUGCUUGUUGAUGAAGGCAGCAAGAUCAGGGCAUUGAUGUGGACAGACGGUAAGAGCCGACACCAGUACAAAUUCUUUGGAGAUGCAAUAACAUUCGACACAACAUAUCGUACGAACCAGUACGACAUGCCGUUUGGUCUUUUUGUUGGUGUCAACAAUCACUUUCAGAGCAUCAUCCUUGGAGGAGUGUUGCUACGCGAUGAAACAACUGAGACUUUUGGGUGGGUGUUCAAGGAAUUUGCAUCUUUGAUGGGAGGGAAGGCUCCAAAAACAAUACUCACGGACCAAGCCCGUGCAAUGGAGAGGGCUAUAUGUUCCCAGUGGCCUGAUACAACUCACAGAUGGUGUGUUCUGCGCAAGGAUGACGAGCACACAGCGUUCCGAGAGUGCAAACCGUUGUGUGCAAUGACCAAGGCAGAAUCUGAUGCUUUCAAGGUUCCCUAUGUUGUAUGUGCAGUUACAUAUGUUCUCGCGCCACCGUUGAAGCACAACUACUUCCUGACGGAAUACUGGGGAGGUCUGCACACCCCUGAUCUCAUACACAUGUACAACUGGGGUAAGUAUGUCCGGGAGGAAGUGCUUCUAUCAGCUGGGAGGGUCAAGUCAGAGCUCCUUGGGGGCAAAGUUAAAUCAAACAUCUCUGGUUGCACUUUCUUCAUUCAGGUGUUCUAUCUGGACAAUUUUGAUCUUGAGGACGAGAACCUACCACACGACGUCUUCCCAAGAUGCAAGGUCUAUGAUCAGAAAAAGAUUAACAUGGUUAUUGAAAAGGACACAAGCACAGGAAAGAACGCAGAUAUUGUUAUAUACGGACUACUUCUGCCGAGGCCGGCGCACACAGUGUGCUAUAGCAGGAACAGAGCUUCAAUGUCCUUCAUUGGCAAGAUUGCUGAUAUCGGAGCCGGGUCAAGCAGAUAUCAAAGAGCACCGAUGAUCGAGGAGAUUGUUACUAUACUUGUGGAAAAAGUGGGCCAAUAUUCAUCUAGAUGCCGAGCAGCGUUGCAAGCGGCGUCUAAGAAAGGGGCCAAGAUAAACAAAAAGCACGCGGAUGGGUGGGAUGGUGUUGUGAGGGAGACUGACAUUUUCAUUGAAGAAGAGACCUCUAAGAUGCUCGCAGAUAUUGAUGAAAUAUCAGAAACUGUAAGGCAGAACAACAAAAGGCCAAGGGAACAAGACUACCAAGGUGAUGAUGUCUCACCUGAAGAGUCCGGAGAAGAGUCGCCAUUUUCACCACGUUCGGCCAUUUGUCCUGUGAAUACAGAUAAACGGAAUGUAGAUGAUGGUAAUCCUAUCCAUAGGUCAAAUGACAGUCAACGGGGUGGUUCCCCGAAAAGAGCAAGGGUCGAAGAGACAGAGGAGGAUCCUGACCCGGCGAUUAAGAAUCUGGAAGGACUGGUCGCGGCAGCAGACCAAGACAAUGAAGUAACAAAUGACACUGUGGUGCAUGAACAAAUGCCAAUCCAGGCCAAAGCAGCAGAUGGUAGGCAAUGGGUAUAUGGCCCUAAUGCAGCGCUUAACACAGAGGUUCCCUUAUAUGACCUCGGAAUAGACAAUGCUGAGCCAGUCCUGUCACCGGGAAGGGAAUUGUCAGUUGUGGCUAAAACUCAACAACCGUUCCACAUUCAGCAUCACACUACCCAGGCCGGUCCAAGCAGAUUCAAAAUAGAUUUCACAGGUUUUAGGAGCAAAGACCUGAUGGAUGAUUUCAGUAGAGCGGUGACACCAGAAGGUACGAGCUCCGUGCCAUCAGCUAACACAACACCUGUAUCAACAUAUGGGAAAAAUGAACUCCAAGGCUCACGGCUUGACAUAAUAUGCACUCCUGUGCACAGGGCGAUAGAGCCGAAUAAGGCGGCGGGAACAACACCUGUUAGCCUGAACAGGGAGAUCGCGGCACAAGAGUUGGACGUACGUGAGGAGAUGGAGGAGGCAGCAAUCAACCUGAACGUUCCACAGACACAAGAUGGCCUCAGUACACAGCCACAACGAAAAAGAACAGUUAAGCCAGGCAAGGCUGCACGGUCCCCUUUUGUUCUGGGGUACGAUCCUCCCCUAAGAGCACCAGCUAAUGUUGCAAAGGUCUUCAAGAUGUUUAUGAAGGAGCCCGCAUCUGCAAGGAAAGACAAUUGGGUUAUAAGCACUCAGCCAAAAUACAUCGAGCUCUCUGCCGAGCGAAUCAGGAUGAACCUUUCGGAAGGGGGUGUGAUAGAUAAUGAUUUGAUGACAAUAGCAGUUAGAAGAUAUCAGCAGAUUGACUACACUUUUGCAUUGGAUAAAGAUGAAGGGUGCUGGCGACAUUGGCUCGAGCCAGACUUUGUGAACCAUGUGAGCAGAGGAGACGUGAUUGUGAGGUAUGUGCAGGACAUGUUUAUUGGGGAACAUAUCAAGUAUGACGUACACCUCAAAAGAGUUAUUGGGGAAUCUAUAGACAGCUGGCCCACAACCGAUGCAAUACAUCUCCAUAUACGUACACCAAAACAAUCACAUGCUCGGGAAUACGCUGCAUGGCUGGGACAACAGUGGGGCAGGUUGAUUUGACUGCACCGGAGAUGGACGGCAAGGAUACAAGUUAUGCGCGCAACUAGUUAGACAAAAUCCGCGUCCGAAGAUGUGGGCU